AUGUCUCACUUUGUCUCGAGUCACACUUCCCAUGACUUUGACUCGCUCCAGAAUCAGCUCCUUCGUAGACAGCCUGUGAACGACGACGGAGUCGAUCCCAACGAAGCUGAAGCUGCUCAACCGUCGGAAGAUUCCGACAAUUCUGGGCUCACAAGCUCAUUAGCCAGUCGGCGGCGGCGUGACAACGACGAUAUCUCUCUCGCCCCUGCUGACGACAGCCGUAGUCAGCGCGUUCCAUCGCUUUACUCGCGGCGCAACAGCCCAGAGCUACCGCAGCCUGGCACUUCUCGUCUUCGCAGCGUCUCUGGCCACGUCAGUGCAGACGAAUCCUCCAGCAACGGUCAAGUAGAGGCGGCCGACUACUUUUCCAAUCCUCCAAGCUCAUCGAGACCACGAUCAGCAGCAUACCAUGUCGAUCUUGACAGCGGUAAGCUCAGCGGCAAUCCUUUCGUGUCGUCCACCGCAUCCUCUCCUAACUCGAUCAUCGAGCAUGAUGGCGCUUUAGCAUCCUCCUCUGCUCAAGGAACGCAACGCGUCUAUGCUGACCAACCCUAUGGCACCUCGACCUCAAACAUGGCCCACAGCACCUCGACAAUACGUCCUCGUCGCAUGCAGAAAGGUGUCUCAUUCUCGGAUAGGAACGCAGGACCUGGUGAGGACGGUCAUGAAGCACGCACGGGCAAGCACUAUCGCCGUCCCCCACGUUCCAACAGCGUAUUUGUGGAGCCUCCUUAUGGCAAUGGCAAUGCUUCGGCUCAUCUUCCUAGAACGAAGAGCCUAGGCAUGAUCAGUCCUGCAGAGAUGGCCCCUCGAAAGCUCGGCACCUGGGAUGGUGUCUUCAUGCCCGUCAGUCUCAACAUCUUGGGUAUCAUCCUCUUUUUGCGUUUCGGCUUCAUCCUUGGACAAGCGGGCUUGCUGGGUGCGCUUUUCCUUCUCAUCCUCAGCUACGCCAUCGACACACUUACCGCCAUGAGCCUCAACGCCAUCAGCACCAACGGCCAGGUCAGAGGUGGCGGUGCCUACUACCUCAUCUCGCGCUCUCUCGGUCCAGAAUUCGGCGGCUCCAUCGGCCUCAUCUUUUUUGCCGGUCAGGCCCUCAAUGCUGCCAUGAACGUGCUAGGUUUCGUCGAAACCCUCACUGAUGCGUUUGGAGAGAGCAGGGGACCCUCAGGCUUCCUCCCUGAAGGACCUUGGUACUCGUUCUUUUAUGGAUCUGUUGUGCUGCUCGUCAGUGCUAUCGUGUGCCUUGUCGGCUCCAAGUUAUUCGCACGUGCCACUCUAGCGCUGGCCCUUAUCCUCUGCUUGGCUAUCCUAAGCAUUCCCAUUUCAUCCUUCACCGUCAAGCCGUUCAUCGACGAUGACCGAGGUGCAUACUACACCGGUUGGUCUUGGGACACAUUGCGCAACAACCUCUUCCCACGAUUCACAGCAGGCGCUGCCGGUUCCUCUACAGAAACCGAGACCGAAAACUGGCAGAGCGUCUUUGGUGUGCUCUUCCCCGCCGUCACCGGAAUCUUGGCCGGUGCUUCCAUGUCCGGCGAUCUGCGCAAGCCAAGCAAGAGCAUUCCCAAGGGCACCAACUACUCUCUCCUCUUCACCUUCCUCAUCUAUCUGCUCAGCUUCCUCGUGUUUGCUGGCACCAUCGAGCGAGAGUCAUUCUACGUCGAUGUCGGCAUCGUCUCGGACGUCGCCCUAAGCCCGCAGAUCAUUACCUUUGGCGCACUCGCCUCCACCGCCUUUUCGGCUCUCAUGGGUGUCAUGGCUUGCGGUAAGGUGCUUCAGGCCAUCGCACGCGACAACUUGCUUCCCGUCCUCGACGUCUUUGCGCAGGGCACCGAAGUGAGCGACACACCCAUCUACGCUGUGCUCGUCACCUACAUCUUCUGCCAGGCCAUCCUCUUUGUGGACUCGGUCAACACCAUCGCACAGCUCGUCACCAUGACCACCUUGCUUACCUUUGGCACGCUCAGCUUUGCUACGUGCGCACUCAAGGCCGGUGGUGCUCCCAGCUUCCGCCCCUCUUUCAAGUACUGGAACAUGUGGACGGCUGCAGGAGGUGCUGUCAGCUGUUUUGGUGCCAUGUUUUUCACCGAUCCUGCCGCUGCAGGCGGCUGCAUCCUCUUCGCCGUCAUGCUCUUUGUCAUGAUCCACUUCUUCUCGCCGCCCAAACCAUGGGGCGACGUGACCCGCAACAUCACCUACCACUUUGUGCGCAAGUAUUUGCUGCGACUCGACGAACGCAAAGGGCACGUUAAGUACUGGCGCCCGCAGAUCCUGCUGCUGGCCAACAACCCUCGCAGCGAGUGGAAUCUCAUCAUCUUUUGCAAUUCGCUCAAGAAAGGAGCACUCUAUGUACUUGGCCACGUACUCAAGGGCGAGUUCACCGACUGCCUGGCCGAGCUGCGCAAACAGCAGGUCGCCUGGCUCAAGCUCGUCGAUCUCACGGGCAUCAAGUCCUUUGUCGAUGUCGUCAUUGCCAAGGAUGAGCGGGAAGGCGCGCGCAAUCUCAUCCUGUCCUGCGGUCUGGGCGGCAUGAGACCAAACAUCGUCGUCAUGGGCUAUCCCAGCGACAUGCGUCACCCGGCGAAGGUUGCCAGGACCAACUCGGGAAGCGGACAUCGGAGCGACGGCAGCGAGAUCACCAUCCGAGGUCUCUCUUGGCCUCAACGCCAGCAUCGCGCCGUCGAUAUUGGCAGUCUGCCAACCGAUGUCGCACGAAAAGAGACGCCCAUCAAGCCCACCACGUACGUGGGCAUCAUGGAGGACUCGCUCGCGCUGAACAAGGCGCUCGCCAUCGCGUACGGAUUCGAUCUCAUGCAGCCGCCCGUCCCUGUAACGUCGAACUCACUGCCCCACCCCAAGAGCGGAAAGGAGGCUGAAGAGCGCUACAUCGACCUGUGGCCCAUCCAGAUCGCUAGUCCGGAUGCAGACGAGAGCCACGCGUGGGACACAUACACCAUGGUGUUGCAUCUCGGCACGAUCCUGAGCUUUACCAGCAGCUGGAAAUCGCAUAAACUGCGUGUCUCGGUGUUUGUCGAACAUGCCAGCGAGAUGGAUGAGGAGAGGAAGCGUAUCCGUGCCCUGCUCGACAAUCUCCGUAUCCCAGCCUCGCUGCGUGUAUUCUGCCUCGCCGAUCAGAGCGUUACCACAUACCGAACCAUUGUACACGGGAGCAACAUUGCUGCGGUCGAGGUGGAUGAAGCGCUGCGUGGUGAUCCAUGGUGGGAAACACUCAAGGAGCUUCGACGCAACGAUGAGCGCCGUGCGCGUGCCGCUGCCAAGCGCAAGUCACAGGUCUCGUCCCCCGCCAAAGCUAUCCCGGCUACACAAGGCGGCCAAGGAUCAGGUGCAGCAAGCGAUGCAUCGCGCAAGCAGACCAAGCGUGAGCAGAAGCUGUUCGGUGUCAGUCUGCCCGCCGAGCAUCUUGCGUUUCACAAGCAAAACAUCCGUCUCGGUCUCGCUCAUCCUCGUGCACGCCGCGACGACGGCGACGACGGAUCGUCGAGUUCCGACUCGGACUUCGAAGACGAACUUGCCAUGCUGUCCGAAGACGAGGAUUGGCUCGUUGAUGGACCUGGUCGACGCGGGCUUGCGAUUCGAAGAGCUUCGACACUGGAGCCUUCGAGUUACUCGAGCAAAGCGCGCGCGUAUCGACCAAGGGCCUACUCGAUCGGCGGCUCUGCCGGUCUGCCCGAUGAUCCGGUCACGGCUGCUAGCAGACCUCUGCUCGGAUCGAGCGCCUCCUCGCAGCUGCUGACUCCAGGCUCGAUUGCCGCCAGCUAUGGCACUCUUAGCUCCAGCCAGAGGACGGCGACGCCGGCAACGAUUCGGGCUGCUUCGAAUGGAAGCUCUGCUACGCUGCUUGGAACGUCAUAUGCUUCGACCGACUCGAGCAUGACGCCUCGUGCUUCUGUGCCAGACAGCAACGGCGCGCCUUCUCCCUUUUCAGACGGACUUGCAUCGCCUGCGCCCACGCAAGAUGCGUUCGAAGACGAAGACGAAAACACCUCCACAUUGAAAGCUUCAGAGAGGCAAAGGAUGAAGGCCGAGCUGCAACGUGGGCAGAAGGCUGAUGCGAAACUGACGCCGACGAAAGCAAGCGACCUUGCAGUGCCGCCGGACUCGACCACGCCCAGACCUAAGAUGAAGAGUGACAAACGACACUCGUCCUACGCCAGCUCUGCUGCCUCUUCGGAUGCGGGCGACGGUGCAUCGAGCGGAUCCUCUUCGGGUGCGGAGUUUGACUCCAAGGGCCGACUCGUUGCGGGAGCAGCUGGGGCAACCAAGAACAGCAAGCAUCGCAAAAGCUCGCUCUCUCGUCACGGCCGAGCACGUUCGGAAGAGACAUCCUUCAGCACGCACCGCCGUCCGUCUAACUCGACCUCGCCGUCGCCCGUCCAUCUCCGCCGACUCCGUCCUCCGGUCGAUCGCGUCCCCAGUCGCGUGGCCAGCAUCUACUCGACCGAUCUACCCGUCGUCUCCUUCAACGAGCUGCCCAACAAGGCGCAGUACUUGAUCCUCAAUGAGCUGAUCAGGAUCAACAGUUCGGCUGCUACGGGCGUGGUGUUGACGGCUCUGCCUGCGCCCGAGCCUGGAACGAGUCUGGACGAGCUCAAGUCGUUGAGGUAUCUGGAGCAGUUGGAGAGUUUGUUCAACGGCGGACCGCCUAUCAUGGGUGUUCAUGCAAAGACGCUUACGAUGACGAUGAGUCUGUAG